AUGCCACCCAAAAACCCACCAAAGAAAGUAACCAAGCGUACAGCUAAACCUGUGCACCUUUCUGUGUCGCAAAAACUGGAACUUUUACGUAAAAUAGAUGGAGGAAUGAGUGUUGCCCAAGUCUGCGAGCUUGUACAAGUGGUAUACCCAGGAGCGUGCAUGUGGGGUGGAAGUGAGGGAGUGGAGUUGGCCGCUAGUGCUGCUAAGCUUGCUGCCCACAUGGGUAUUGAGUUCAAGGCCAGUGAUGGGUGGCUCUGGCGCUUCCGCAGGCGCCAUGGCAUCCGCAAUCUGGCUGUGACAGGUGAGGCUGAAAGUGCCGAUGCUGAAAUGAUUGAACCUUUCCGUGAUGAGUUGAUGAAACUUAUUAAUGAUGAAGAUUUAUCCAUGUCACAAAUAUAUAAUGUUGAUGAAACUGUUCCGGAAGUGAAAAACUAUCAAGAGAAAGUGCUCAAAAUAAGACCGGAUGACGUGAAGGCUUUAAUAUUGCUUGACAAUGCUCCCGCCCACCCUUCCUCAGAUGUGUUAAAAAGUGCUGACGGGAAGAUAAAAGCUAUGUUUCUGCCCAAGAACACUACCUCCUUGAUCCAGCCUAUGGAUCAAGGAGUUAUAAGUGCGUUCAAGAGGAUUUACCUACGUAAAUACCUGGAUGACGUGUUGGUUGUGCUGGAGACAGAGGAUGGUGCAGUUGAGGAUACUAGAGGCAAGAGAACGUUGGCUAACAUAAAAAACUACAACAUAAGAGCUGCUAUUUAUAACAUGUAUGAGGCCUGGAGAGAAAUGAAACACACAACAUUUACUAAUGCCUGGAAGAAACUUAUGAAGGAUGAAGAUUACUGCGCCGAUUUUGAAGGCUUCGAGGCUACAGACUUUCACCAGCUACUGAAAAAGUCUGGGGAAGAGGAAGUAACAGUGGAUGACGUGGAUGAGUGGUUGGAAGAAAAUGAUCAAACACAAGGAAAUGAAAUUCUCAACACUGAACAAAUAGUAGCGGCUGUGACGGGUGAGGAGAGCGACAGUGAGGAUAGUGACUCAGGUGAGGUGAAACCUACAGUAAAGAUGAGCGUCGUUCGUGAAUGUGCUGAUGUCUUACUUAAGUUUGUUGAAGAUUGCUCUCGGCAAGACAUCCAGAUUCACUAUGAUCAACUUCGCCUGCUUCGAUCUAAAAUCAUUCGUAUGCAACACGAGUCUGGCAGACAGACUUUGAUAAAAGAGUUCUUCAAAGCCCUCUCAGAUGACAUAAGCGGAUACCAUAUCUGA